CUCGCUCUACGCUUCCUCUUUCUCUCCCCCAACCCCCCUGGCAUCCCCGCGCUCGAUCUUGCCGCUGCCUCUGCAUCUCUCUCUCUCUCUUGUUCCUGCCUGCGCCCCCUUUCUCUUCUCUCUCUCUAAAAAAAGGUGUAUUUAACUAGGGUUCUGACCCCUUUCUAGAAGCUCCUGGGGUUCUGUGGCAGAGCCGACCCCCGUGGAGGUCGGGGGGCGCCGAGCCGGCGCCCGCUCCGGCGGAUCUGAGGAGCCGACGCCGUUGGUCUGCCUCCGGUUCCUUGUAAACUUGAUUGGUCAGGAAACACUCUGAAUACUAGUUUGUUGGCAACAUAACUUCUCCUGAAGCUGGCUUGAAGUUUGCUGAUACGAAUGAUGGGCGCGCUCUGCGAUUUCUGUGGGGAGCAGAGGUCCAUGGUUUACUGCCGAUCAGAUGCAGCAUCCUUGUGUUUAUCAUGCGACCGUAACGUGCAUUCAGCUAAUGCUCUUUCUCGGCGCCAUACAAGGACCCUUUUAUGUGAUCGGUGUGCUUCACAGCCUGCUACUAUCCGCUGUCUAGUGGAGAAUGCCUCGCUUUGCCAAAAUUGUGAUUGGAAUGGCCACACUGCAGGAUCCUCAGCUGCUGGACACAAAAGGCAGGCUAUAAAUUGCUACUCAGGAUGUCCAUCAUCCGCUGAACUUUCUAGAAUCUGGUCCUUUGUCUCGGAUAUUCCUAAUGUAGCACCUGAGCCGAACUGUGAGCAAGGAAUAAGCAUGAUGAGCAUCAGUGACAGUGGUGUCAGUAAUCAAGACAAUGCUGCAGGGGACAAUAAUUUGUUUGAUAUAGCUAGUGCAACACUUAUGAGUGAUCUUGAUACUUGUGACAAGCCUUUGGUAGGCUCCUCUUCAGGAGCUGGAGUGAACCUGCUUCCACUUGCUACUGAUCAGGCAGCUGGAACCGUGGAUUCAACAACAACUAAGGAUUGCCUUGUACAGGUGCCCUAUACACCAGAUAAAGAUAUGUUUAGCAAGGACAGCAUAUAUGAAGAUUUUUGUGUGGAUGAUGUCGACCUUGCUUUUGAAAAUUAUGAAGAAUUAUUUGGUACCUCACAUAUUCAAACGGAACAACUCUUUGACGAUGCUGGAAUCGAUAGUUACUUCAAAGUGAAGGAACUGCCUGCUGGGGAUCCUACUGAGCCCAAGCUGAUGCAGCCUGUGAAUAGUAAUGCGGUAUCUGCUGACUCUGGGAUGUCGAACCCAGGAGUGAAAGGUGGUUCUAGUGUUUGCAUCCCUCCAAGGCAGGCUAGGUUGAGUCUAUCUCUUUCGUUUUCUGGUUUGACUGGUGAGAGCAGUGCUGGAGAUCACCAAGAUUGUGUGGUAUCAUCACUGCUCCUUAUGGGUGAGCCUCCUUGGCAGCCUCCUGGCCCUGAGGGCACAAUUGCUGGAGGUAGUAGAGACAGUGCUAUUACACGAUACAAGGAGAAGAAGAAGAGAAGAAAGUUUGACAAGAAGAUCAGGUAUGCUUCUCGCAAGGCUAGGGCUGAUGUCAGAAAGAGGGUGAAGGGGCGGUUUGUUAAGGCUGGUGAAGCAUAUGACUAUGAUCCUCUCAGCCAAACAAGGAGUUACUGAAGCAUGUGACCUUUCUCUGGUGUUAGGUUAGCAAAACUUAAACCAAGGCUCAUUGCAGCUUGCACAAAAGCACCGACACUCCAAGCAAUUGGGCAAGAUAAGUGCCUUGAACAAAAGGAAAAAAAGAGAGGUGAAAGCAGUGAGCGAGAAAAAACAGGAAAAAUAUUUGGUUGUUUCAGAAGUUUUUUGGAUGCAGUUCCUCCUUUUUUUUCCCCUCCUGUACAGUGGAUGGAAUUUGCACCUUUUGUUGCCUUUCGGGGAGCGAUUUGAGUCACUCUUCACCUUUUGUGAAUUAGCCUGAAUAUGACUAAACGGACUCUUGUUGCAUUUUGAUCUCCAUUGGCUGUGGCGUUGGUCCACGUACCCUUGCUGCGGUGUUCUUCCAUAUUAGACAAAGAUGGCUGUAGAUGUGGCCUGUGAAAUUUCCUGCUGUAUUUUGUUCAUUAUCAUGAUGUAAAAUUUGCUGGGAUCUGGAGCGUUUCUGCUAUUGUGAAUGUGUAAAUACCAGGUAGGAGAUCAAACUGGUGGUCAGUUUGAUAUUUUUAGGCUGGUGAUGGAACCCAUGUAACUGGACACAAACUUUCUGUGCUCACUCUGCCCAAGCCAACCUCCAGACCGACUCAAUGUUA